GUGCUGGCGGGGCGAGGGUUAACCCGCCCCUCCCCCGUCCACCUGCUUUCCCCUUCCCCCGCGUGCCCCGGGCUGACCCUCGUCCCCUCCUCUCCCCGCCCUUGGCGGGGCGGCGGCUGCUGUUGUCACCCACCGAGCCGCCUGUCCCGCUUGUCCUCCCCGCCGCGGGGCUUGCCGGGCCGGCCGGGCCGGGACAGGCGGCCGUCUUCUCACCACAGACACCGCCGCCAUGCUGGCCGCUCGCCCACCCCACUGGGGGCCCCACCGCGCCCCAGCCCCCCGUGGGCGCGCCAGCCCCGACCCGGGUCUCAGCGGCGGUGGCAGCCGAGGUGCAGGAUGCGAGAAGGCGCCCCCCGGCCGGGCUCCCGCUCCAGGCCUCACUCCCCUGCGGUCCUCUGAGCCCACCAUGGCCGUCCCACCGGGCCAUGGUCCCUUCUCUGGCUUCCCGGGGCCCCAGGAGCACACGCAGGUAUUGCCUGAUGGGCGGCUACUGCCGCGGAGGCUGCCCCUGGCCUUCCGAGACGCGACCUCAGCCCCGCUGCGCAAGCUCUCCGUGGACCUCAUCAAGACCUACAAGCACAUCAAUGAGGUAUACUAUGCGAAGAAGAAGCGGCGGGCCCAGCAGGUGCCACCUCAGGACUCGAGCACCAAGAAGGAGAAAAAGGUCCUGAACCACGGUUAUGACGAUGACAACCAUGACUACAUCGUGCGCAGUGGCGAGCGCUGGCUGGAGCGCUAUGAGAUUGACUCGCUCAUUGGCAAAGGCUCCUUCGGCCAGGUGGUGAAAGCCUAUGAUCAUCAGACCCAGGAGCUGGUGGCCAUCAAGAUCAUCAAGAACAAAAAGGCCUUCCUGAACCAGGCCCAGAUUGAGCUGCGGCUGCUGGAGCUGAUGAACCAGCAUGACACAGAGAUGAAGUACUAUAUAGUGCACCUGAAGCGGCACUUCAUGUUCCGGAACCACCUGUGCCUGGUGUUCGAGCUGCUUUCCUACAACCUAUACGACCUCCUGCGCAACACGCACUUCCGUGGCGUCUCGCUGAACCUGACGCGGAAACUAGCGCAGCAGCUCUGCACGGCGCUGCUCUUCCUGGCCACGCCCGAGCUCAGCAUCAUUCACUGCGACCUCAAGCCCGAGAACAUCUUGCUCUGCAACCCCAAGCGCAGCGCCAUCAAAAUCGUGGACUUCGGCAGCUCCUGCCAGCUUGGCCAGCGGAUCUACCAGUACAUCCAGAGCCGUUUCUACCGUUCUCCCGAGGUGCUCCUGGGCACACCCUACGACUUGGCCAUUGACAUGUGGUCCCUGGGCUGCAUCCUGGUGGAGAUGCACACUGGAGAGCCCCUCUUCAGUGGCUCCAACGAGGUGGACCAGAUGAACCGCAUUGUGGAGGUGCUGGGCAUCCCACCGGCCCCCAUGCUGGACCAGGCACCCAAGGCUCGAAAGUACUUUGAGCGGCUGCCUGGGGGUGGCUGGACCCUGCGAAGGACAAAGGAACUCAGGAAGGAUUACCAGGGCCCCGGGACACGGCGGCUGCAGGAGGUGCUGGGCGUGCAGACGGGCGGGCCCGGGGGCCGGCGGGCGGGGGAGCCGGGCCACAGCCCCGCCGACUACCUCCGCUUCCAGGACCUGGUGCUGCGCAUGCUGGAGUAUGAGCCCGCCGCCCGCAUCAGCCCACUGGGGGCUCUGCAGCACGGCUUCUUCCGCCGCACGGCUGAUGAGGCCACCAACACGGGCCCGGCAGGCAGCAGUGCCUCCACCUCGCCCGCGCCCCUCGAUACCUGCCCCUCUUCCAGUACCGCCAGCUCCAUCUCCAGCUCUGGAGGCUCCAGUGGCUCCUCCAGUGACAACCGGACCUACCGCUAUAGCAACCGAUAUUGUGGGGGCCCUGGGCCCCCCAUCGCUGACUGUGAGAUGAACAGCCCCCAGGUCCUGCCCUCCCAGCCACUGCGCCCCUGGGCAGGGGGUGAUGUGCCGCACAAGACACAUCAGGCCCCUGCCUCUGCCUCAUCACUGCCAGGGGCCGGGGCCCAGUUACCCCCUCAACCCCGAUGCCUUGGCCGUCCCCUGUCACCAACCUCACCACCACCCCCGGAGCUGAUGGAUGUGAGCCUGGUGGGCGGCCCUCCGGACUGCUCCCAGCCUCACCCAGCGCCUGCCCCCCAGCACCCGGCUGCCUCAGCCCUCCGGACUCGGAUGACAGGAGGUCGUCCACCCCUCCCACCCCCUGAUGACCCUGCCACUCUGGGGCCUCACUUGGGCCUCUGUGGUAUACCCCAGAGCACGGCAGCCAGCUCAUGACCCUGCCCCCUCCCUGGGGCCCCUCCUGAAGCCAUACCCCCCCACCCACCCAAUCUGGGGGCCCUGGGCUCCCAUCCUCAUCUCUCCCGUUGACUGGAAUUGCUGCUACCCAGCCGGGGUGGGUGAGGCCUGCACUGAUUGGGGCCUGGGGCAGGGGUUCAAGGAGAGGGGUUUAGGCUCACCUCCCCACUAAGGACUGGACCCUUGGUCCCUUCUCUCCCCUUGUUUUCUAUUUAUUGUACCAAAGACAGUGGUGGUCCAGUGCGGGGAGGGGGAGAUUCCCUCUCACCCCAGGGCCCUAGGAGGGGGUGGGGGCAGGUAGGGGGAGAUGGCCUUGCUCCUCCUUGCUGUACCCCCCAGUAAAGAGCUUUCUCACAUUCCCGGCUGAGCGUUUGCAGGCCCUCGGCUCCCCUCACCCAGCCCUCAGAGGCGUGGUGGGGAACGGUGUUUGGGGAAGGGGUGCUGGAAGAGCUUUGUCGUGUGGGAUGAGUCCCUGGUCCCUGGGGAGGUUAUGGCUAUUGGUGCAGGCAUGGGGCUGCAGGAGGUCUGGGGCUGUGGAAUCCUAGGCAGAAAUCCUGGAUAGGAUGCUAGCCCACACUUGCUCUUUCUAGGGUAAGCUGAGACCUUGAAAGGUAAAGGCCCAGCUCUGGCCUGUCUCUGGGAAACAUCAGGUUCUGCUCUAAUAAGCCAGGGCUUCCACAGAGUCCGCACAGGCAUGGCUCAUUUUGCCAGGCAUCUGGUAGGUGCUGAGUGCAUGUAGCAGGCCUUAUUGGUGCCACCUGGGGAAUGGCAGGCAGGCAGUGGGCACAGAAUUUACCCCCCCACACGUCUUGUCUCACUCUUCGGAACCAUUGUGGAGCAAAGCAUUUUAAGAUUCUCAGGCAAAAAGAAAUUCCCGGGGUUCCAGGUAAGUGGGCCUGUUUCCAUGGAAAUUUGGAAACUUCUGUCUCUAACCGGCCAAUCAAGAGCCACCAGGAUCAAAGGGUAUCGUCCCCCGCCACCGGGGCGCGGCGCUUCCUGGGAAAUGGAGUUCUAUUCGGCAAUUUCUUCUCCCCGUUUUCGUUGCUGAACUACAAAGACCAGAAUUCUUUUCGCUCACGUGUUUAGGGGCGGGUUCUCAGGUAGCCAAUCGGCAGUCAGAAGCAGCCGGAGCCCGGAUGCUUAAGGCGGGCUGUAGAGGAGGAGAAGGCCGUGAUUGGGCGGCUUUGGCCAGACUCUGCGGGAGUAAUGAGUUCUCUAAGUCUUGCGGAAGGUGGGUGACUCCGCUGUGCCGGGAGAGCGCGCAGGUUAGGCGUUCAUAGUUACUGAACAGGAGGGAAAAUUUCAAACACGCGCAAAAGCAGAGAGAAAAGUCUAAUGAGCACCCAUCACGCAGCUUCAGCAGUGAACCAGCAUGCGGCCAUUCUCGCUCCAUCCAUGUCCUGCACCUUUUCCUCCCCUGCUCAGUUCAUUUGAAAGCAAAUCCAGACACACCUGUGCAGGAUGUGAUACUAUCACUGGCUCAGUCCCUGGCUCUCCCAUUUCCUGAAACCCUACCCACCCCCGGGCAUUUUUCCACGUUGCCCUGAAGCCUGAAAAUGGCCCUCCUAGUGACCGUGGAUGGCUGGUGCUGCCUGGCAGGCCCCUCCCCUGCAGAGGGACAUUUAAUCUACGUGUGGCUUUGCGCCGUCAUAGUGGCCUCCCCCUUAUUUGGGUUAUUUUCUGGAUGCCCCUCCACUCAAGCCAGGUCAGGCCUCCUGUAACACCCCUUGCACUCUGUAACUUCAAGCACAGUAUGUGUAACAUAGUCGAAAUGAAACAGGGAUUUGGGUACUUAUCUAUUAAUUGCCUGGAGCUCCAUGACUCAGGUCUGUCUUUAUCCCUGCUGUGUCCCCACCAUCACCCAGCACAGGGCCUGGCACACAGUAGGCUCUCAGUAACGGGAAUGAAUGAAUGAUUGCCAAGGUCAGUAUCUGGGCGUUUAUCAUGAGGGCAAUAGGAAGCCACAGACGUGUUUUAGGCAGAACUGGACCCAUUUUUCUCAAACUAAUGUGCAUAUAAAUCCCGUGAGAUCUUGUUAAAAUGCAGAUUCUGAGUCAGUGGGUCUGGGGAGGGGCCUGAGGUUCUGCAUUCCUAACAGGCUCCCAAAUGAUGCCAGUGCUUCGCGUCACAAGGCUCUUGCUGUGCUGUUCAGUAAGGCAGCCAGCAGCCACGUGUGGCUGCUGAGGAUUUGAACUGUGGCUGGUGUGACCUGAUACGUGUUCCAAGUGUAAAAUACCAGCCAGAUUUCAAAGCCUUAGCACAUGUAAAAUAUCUCAUUAAUAGUUUUUAUACUGAUCACAUGUUAACAUGGUAAUAUUUUGGAUAUAUCAGGUUAAAUAAAAUGUUAUUAAAAUUCA